AUGAGCAAGUAUGGCACGCUGGUCAUGGGCCCGGCUGGCGCCGGCAAGUCCACCUUCUGCGCAUCCCUCAUCCAGCACCUGCAGAACAACAAGCGCCCGUGCUUCUACGUCAACCUCGACCCCGCCGCCGAGGAGUUCGCCUUCGACCCGGACCUCGACAUCAAGGACCUGAUCAGUCUCGAGGACGUCAUGGAGGAGAUGAGCCUGGGGCCCAACGGCGGGCUCAUCUACUGCUUCGAGUUCCUCAUGGAGAACCUCGACUUCCUGACGGACCCGCUCGAGGAAGUCACCGACGAGUACCUGAUCGUCUUUGACAUGCCCGGCCAGAUCGAGCUGUACACACAUGUGCCCAUCCUGCCGGACCUCGUCAAGACGCUAAUGCGCGGCUCGCUGAACAUCAACAUGUGUGCGGCCUACCUGCUCGAGGCGACCUUCAUCGUCGAUCGCCCCAAAUUCUUCUCCGGCACGCUUUCUGCCAUGAGUGCCAUGCUGAUGCUCGAGAUGCCCCACGUAAAUAUCCUGAGCAAGAUGGAUCUGGUCAAAGGGCAGGUGGCGAAGCGGGAGCUGAGCCGCUUCCUCGACCCUGACCCAGCCCUCCUAGAGGAAGACCCCACACGUAAAGUGAAGGACGGGGACGCGGAAGAGGCCAAGGGCUACCAGGACCCAGGCUCGACCAAGAGCGUCAUGAGCGGGGCCUCGUUUGACAGGCUGAACAAGGCCGUAGCCCAGCUGAUCGAUGAUUUCAGCAUGGUCUCAUUCCUGAAACUAGACGCGCAAGACGAAGACAGUCUCGGUGCUGUCCUAAGCUAUAUCGACGACGCGAUCCAAUUCCACGAAGCCCAGGAGCCUAAAGAACCCAAGGACGAGUUCCUCGAUACUUCAAUGGCUGAGUGA